AUGUCUACUCAUCAUAAUCCAAAUGAAACAAUUCCAACACCAUUAGAAGAGUCAUGUUGCUCGAUAAAUCGACCUUUCAUAGCUGUUGUUACAUUUGCCAUAUUUACAAUUAUUGCAAUGACUAUCGGUAUACUCGUAGUUUGUUUAACACAAUCAAAAGAAACAAACACAGUAUGCAAGUUAACUUUUAAAUCUACGGUUAAAUAUCCAAUUGGUUAUGAUUCAUUUCCGUUACACGCUGCUGUUGGCGAUUUUAAUAAAGACAAUCAUCAAGAUCUUGUAGUUGCCUAUUUUGGUACUGAUAGCAUUGGUAUCUUUUUCGGUUAUGGAAAUAGAACUUUUAGAAAUCAAACUAUAUACUCUACUGGUCUUCAAUCUUUUCCAUGUUGGGUUGCUGUUAAUGAUUUCAAUAAUGAUACUCUAUUGGAUAUUGCUGUUGCUAAUCAAAGAACUAAUAGUAUAGGGAUAUUUCUCAGUUCGGGUAAUGGAAACUUUUCUAAUCAAAUAACGUUUUCACUUGGUUCUUCUCGUCCGUUUUCAUUUGCCGUUGAAGAUUUUAAUAAUGAUCAUCAAUUAGAUAUUGCUGUAUCUAGUUUGAGUACUUCAAAUAUAGUGAUAUUAUUUGGUUUGAACAAUGGAAUUUUUCAUAUAGGAUCAAUCAUUGAUAUGGGAUAUGAUUCUAUGCCUUAUUCACUUGCUGUUGCUGAUUUCAACAAUGAUAAUCAUAUCGAUAUUGCUGUUGUUAAUUAUGGUAUUAGUACUUUAACUAUACUUUUAGGUAACGGAUUUGGAAUAUUUAUAAAUCAUAAAUAUUCGACGGGUAGUGGUUCUAAUCCAUGCUCACUCGUUGUUGGUGAUUUCAACAACGAUAAUAUUUUGGAUAUUGCUGUUGCGAAUAAUGGUACAAGGAAUAUAGGUGUUUUUCUAGGAUAUGGAAAUGGAACGUUUAGAAAGAUUAUUACAUAUCCGACUGGCUCUGUUUCUAGUCCACAGUUUAUUGUUACUAGUGAUUUCGACAAUGACACAAAUUUAGACUUGGCCAUUGCCAAUACAGAUUAUGCAAAUAUACGUUUGCUUGUAGGAGAUGGAAACGGAUCUUUUAUUGCUGCAGAGAUGUAUGAAACGGGGCCUUCUUCUACUCCAAAGUCGCUUGUCAUUGGUGAUUUUGACAAUGAUAAUCGUUCAGAUAUCGCCAUUGUUAAUGCUAUCACUAAUAAUAUUCUUAUUUUGUCUUCAUUUAUCGUUCAUCUUGAUGCAUAUCGAUUGACAUAUUCAACUGGCGCUUAUUCUACACCAGAUUCUAUUGCUAUUGGUGACUUCAAUCACGAUAAUCAACUAGAUAUUGUUAUUGCCAAUAUCAAUAGUAGUAGUAUUGGUGUAUUUCUUGGGCUAGGUAAUGGAUCUUUUGAGAAUCAAACAAUAUAUUUUAUUAAACAUAAUGCUCGCCCAAAAUCUGUUACUGUUGCUGAUUUUAAUAACGAUGAUAAUCUUGAUAUUGUCGUUGGCGUAUUUGAUAUAAAUGCAAUUUAUAUUUAUCUGGGAUAUGGCAAUGGAGCUUUUGAAUAUACAAAUAUCUAUCAAGUAGAAGGUUCAUAUCCAUUUUCAAUCGCUGUUGGUGACUUCAAUAAAGAUAAUAAUACCGAUAUAGUCACUGCUAUUUAUGGUACUAAUAACGCAGGUAUAUUUCUUGGACAUGGUAACGGAAGCUUCACAAUUAUUAAAACAUAUGCACCGGACAGUGAUAUAUAUUCGAAUUCUGUUGGUGUAGGUGAUUUCAAUAACGAUGGUUUUCUAGAUUUUGCUGUUGCACAUUUUCAACGUGCUACAAUUAGUAUACAUCUUGGAUAUGGUAACGGAUCUUUUCAUAUUUCACAGAUUAUUUCAACUGAUGUUAGUUAUCCACUUAGUAUUACUAUUGGAGAUUUGAAUAAUGACACACAACUUGAUCUCAUCUAUGCUGAUCCUUAUACUUCGGGUAUAGGUAUACUUUUCGGAUAUGAGAAUGGGACAUUUGGAAGUAUAAAGAAGUAUUCGACUGGUGCUGGUUCCUUUCCAUACUCCGUGGGUCUUGCCUACUUGAAUAAUGAUACUUUCCUAGAUAUUGUAGUUGUUAAUCAAUGGUAUUUCAGUAUUAGUAUCAUUUUGGGAUAUGGAAAUGAAACAUUUGGAGUACGAAAUAUGUUUUCAACUGGAGUUAAUUCAUUUCCAUCCUCGAUUGCCUUUGGUGAUUUUAAUCAUGAUAAUCAAUUAGAUAUUGUAGUUACCAAUACUGUCACUAAUGAUUUCCAUGUUUUUAUCCUAUAUUACAGUGCAAAUUUUACAAAUCAAAUUGUACUUUUAACUGGCUCUCGUCCACAUCCACAUUCAAUUGCUAUCAAUGACUUCAAUAAUAAUAAUCAGACGGACAUUGCUGUCGCUAAUGCAGGAACUAAUAAUGUACAAAUAUUUCUUGAUUAUGAAAAAGGAAAUUUUAUGAAAAACUUUACCUAUCCAACUGGCUUUAAUUCACGUCCACAAUAUGUAACUACUGCCGAUAUUAAUAAAGACAACCAACUUGAUAUCGUUGUAGCCAAUUAUUGGAUGAAUAAUAUAAAUGUUUUUCUUGGUUUUGGUGAUGGGACAUUUGAUAAACCAACUGUACAUUCAACUGGCUCUGGAUCUCUUCCAUGUUCGAUUGCCAUUGGUGAUUUUAGGAAGGAUAAUUGGAUGGAUGUUGUUGUUGUGAAUUCUAAUCAAAGCAAUAUAGGUGUAUUUCUUGGAUUUGAUUAUCCGACAUUUACAAAUUAUGAUAUUCGUUUCAAGACACAUCUUGUUCUUCCAUUUUGUAUAAUUGCAGCUGAUUUUAAUAAUGAUAAUCAAAUGGAUAUUAUAGUCUCUAAUUCAGGGACUGACUCUAUUGAUGUUCUUUUAGGACAUGGAGAUGGUACUUUUAUUCACAAUAUAUCAUAUUCGACAGGUCCUACUCCAAAAGCAAUUGCCUUUGGUGAUUUCAACAAUGACAAACUACUCGAUAUUGCUGUCGCUAAUUCAGGAAAUUCUAGUAUCAGCAUAUUUCUAGGAUAUGGAGAUGGGGCGUUUGCUAAACAAAUGUUAUUUUCGUCGGGUUCUUCAUCUCCAAAUUAUAUUGCUGUUGGUGAUUUCAAUCAGGAUGGUAGUCUGGAUAUCGUUGUUGCCAAUGAAGGAAACGAUUAUAUUCGUUUAUUUAUAGGAUAUGGUAAUGGAAGCUUUGUAGAAAAAAUAUCAUAUUGGACGUCAACUAAUUCGUCAGCAAUGUGGAUUGCUGUUAAUGAUUUCAAUAAUGAUCAUAUAUUAGACUUAGCUGUUACUAUUCAAGAGAGAGAUGAAAUUGAGAUAUUUUUAGGAUAUGGUAAUGGUCUCUUUAGAAAUAAAACAACAUAUUCAACCGGCCUUAAUUCUAAGCCAUAUUCGAUUGCUGUUGAAGAUUUGAAUAAUGACGAUACAAUAGAUAUCGUUGUCAGUAAUCAAGAUAGUCGAAAUGUUAUAAUAUAUUUUGGAUAUGGUAACGGCACGUUUUCACCUCAAAAACCAAUACCGAUAAGUCCUGAAUCUUUGUUAACUAUGAUUGCCAUUGCUGAUUUGAAUAAUGACAAAAUACUCGAUAUAGUAGUCGCUGAUGUGGCCAAUGGUUAUGGUAAUAUUAGUGUACUUUAUGGAUAUGGAAGUGGACAAUUUGCAACACUAAAGACCUAUUCAACUGGUGCUUAUACAUAUCCGUCAUCUUUUGUAAUAUCUGACUUUAAUAAUGAUAGUAGAAUAGAUUUGGCUGUCCUCAAUCCUACUACUGCCACUAUAAUAAUUAUGCUUCGAGAUAAAAGCACACCUUUUGCAACACAGACACAUUUUUCAACUGGUAAUAAUUCUGUUCCUACAUCAGUCGCCGUUGGAGAUUUCAAUAAUGAUCAUCAAUUAGAUAUUGCAGUUGCCAAUGCAGGUACGAAUAAUAUCGGGAUUUUUAUUGGACAUGGCGAUGGAACAUUUGAUAAGCAACGAACAUAUUCAACUGGUGAUUUUUCUUUUCCGAAUUCGAUUGCUGUAAAUGAUUUCAAUAAUGAUCAUCAAUCAGAUAUUGUUAUUGCUAAUCUUAACUCGAGCAAUAUAGGUAUUUUUUUUGGAUAUGGGAAUGGAAGCUUUUCAAUUAUGAUAAAUUAUUCAACUGGAAUUGGUUCUUCUCCAUCCUCGAUAGCAGUUGCUGAUUUGAAUAAAGAUAAUCGAUUAGAUCUCGUUGUUGUUGAUAUUGGUACCAAUAAAAUGCUUGUUUUUUAUGGUUUAGACAAUGGAAUUUUUGGAGAUCCAGAGCCGUAUUCUAUAUCUUAUGAUUCUCGACCUCUAUCCGUUAGUAUUCAAGAUUUUGAUAAUGAUGGUCGGUUGGAUAUUGCUGUUGCAUGUUUUAGUACAGACUAUAUAGAAAUUUUUUUACAAACAUGUUAA